AUGAGAAAGCCAACAAUAGAAGGCCAACUCUUUUACAUUGAAGAAUGGAUCAGUUGGCGGAUGAGCUUUUGGAAGAGUUGUGUUUGGAAGAUCCCUUGCAAGUUGCUCUCACCAAGGAUCCAUCUGAAGGGUAUUGCAUUCAGAACUGAGGAGUGUUCGAGGCUCCUUGACACCUUCAGACCGGUUCCAAACAUCUUUUGCAUUGAAGGGUUAGACGAGCCACUCUGUGAAGUUCUGGCAGUGAGCUCGACCGAGAACUCGAUCGAGUCAGGGCAUGAACAAACAAGCUCGAUCGAGCUGGACAGAUGCAAAGAACAAGCUCAAGGAGAUUGGUCUGAACUCAAGGCGCCUAAGGUCGACCUCAAACCUUUACCCAAGGGCCUCAGGUAUGCAUUUCUGGGUGAAAACUCGACUUACCCUGUCAUUGUGAACUCUGAGCUAAACCUGAACAAUUGGAGUGCAUUGCUUGUUGAGUUGAGAAAGUACAGAAGAAUAGGUUACACUCUAGAUGAUAUCAAGGGAAUCUCCUCCUGA